AUGGGUUUAAAGUGCACUGAUUAUUUUGACAAUUCAAAAUACGAUUCUCCCAAUACCCAGAUCAUCACCUGUAGAGGAUGUUCGAGCCACUUGUGCUUGUCGGACUUGAUACUUUCAGACAACUUUAAUGGCAGCUCGGGGCCGGCGUUCUUGGUGGAAAACCUAAUAAACAUCAUUGUCAAUCCAAACACGGAGGACACCCACAUGAAGACUGGGUUGUACAAGAUCAACAAGAUCAAGUGCCACCAGUGCUUGAACAAUCUUGGCUGGUACUACAAGAAAUCAUACUCGUAUGCUGAAACUUACAAGGAAGGCAAGUUUGUCAUUGAAAAGAGCUUCAUCAAGUUUAGCGAUAACUUGUCGACAACACAGUUGCUCAAGGAAAAAGCAAUGCAGAGUAAAUACAGAAGAUUCAGCAAUAGCUCGAGCCGCAACAACUCGACGAUUUCAGUGGAGGCCGAUGACUCGUUGAUGGACCACCAGGAUCCGUCUUUGUCAUAUUCAAUCCUUCACAAUGAAUCAUUGCCCCUUGCUCCAGAACACGAGACUUUAAAUGCAACGACCACUUCAAAUACAAACACAACUCCUCCUCCUCCUCCACCGCAAAAGAUUUACAACAAGACGAGACGGACGUCCUCCUCCUCGUCUUCUUCGUUGUGCGAUGCCAGCAGUGGCAGUCUAUUGAACAGAUUGAGAUACCCCUAUCGCAACUCGGAAGUUGAAAUCUUCACCAAUAACGGGGUAGCCAAUUUUGGAGUCGAGGGCAAUGAAGUUAUACAUGAAGAUCCGUCAAGUGACGAUGUUUUCAUCGAUACAUAA